AUUGAGAAUGACGAAGAGUAGCUAGCUAGCGAGAUACGGCGAUAUUACAGGGUAGUUGACAGAGAGCCGUAAGCCAUUAUACAACGCGAUGUGUGACAGUGGACAGUGCAGGGUUUAGCAGCCCCUUCAUCUGCUGUCUUCCAUUGUUACAGUCUGCAGUGUAACGUGAACUUACUGUCCGUGCUGAAGGAACACACAGGUGCUGAUUUAAAAACUUUGAACUCUGCUUUUGAUAGCAGCUGAACUUCGAACUGUCAGUUUAGAGACAAAACUAGCUAACUCUGCCUCAGAGUUUCAUAUCUGGUCCAAUAUCUCUAAACUUGGGCACUGAAGUUAUCGGCAUUGCCAGAAAACACUAAGUGAAAGUGCAAAGUGCCUUAUUUCCUUGCUCGGUGAACCCCUUCAGUCUGAAGACAAGAAGAUGGCUGAUAAAGUGGCUGACUUGCCCAGUGGCCCGCUGGAUAUCUACAGGAACAAAGCUUCUUUCAACUGGAAGGACAUGCUCUGCUUCUUAGACGGAGAGGAAAUCAUUGCAUUCAAGCAACAAGUGUUCCAGGCCCUUGAGAAUGACCCUCUGUUUGCACGUCGGCCCGGCGAAGACGUCCCUCUCGAAAAAAUGAGAGAGCUGACCUUCCUCAGGGUAAAGCAGCUCUUCCGCUAUGACUUCCUGACAAAAGAAGAGGUGAUGGCUAACCCCUGGAAGUCUAUAACGCUCAGUGAUUGCCUGGGCAUGUACGACUGGGCCAUGGGGGCCAAGUACUUUCUCAACAAAGGGAUGUUUGGAGCGACUGUUGCCAACUCAGGAUCAGGGAGACACAGCAAAUAUGUUGAAAACACUGAAGACAUGACGACUUUUGGAUGCUUUGGACUGACUGAGCUGAGCCACGGCAGCAACACCAGAGCCAUGAGGACCACAGCAACAUAUGACCCCUCCACCCAGGAGUUUGUGAUCAACUCUCCGGACUUUGAGGCCGCCAAGUUCUGGGUGGGGAACAUGGGUAAGACUGCGACCCACGCUGUGGUGUUCGCUCAGCUCUACACACCUGACCAGGUGUGCCACGGCCUGCACUCCUUCGUUGUGGCGUUGAGAGAUCCCAAGACCCUGCUAGCUCUGCCUGGGGUGCUGGUUGGAGACAUGGGCAAGAAGCUGGGGCAGAACGGACUGGAUAACGGGUUUGCUUUGUUUCAUAACGUGAGGAUCCCUCGGGAGAAUCUGCUGAAUAAGACGGGAGAUGUUUCUCCUGAUGGCCGCUAUGUUACACCAUUUAAGGACCCUAACAAGCGUUUCGGGGAGUCUCUGGGUGCCCUGUCAGGGGGCAGGGUGUCCAUCACCAGGAUGGCUUUGGUCAACCUGAAGCUUGCUCUGGUUGUUGCCAUCCGCUUCUCAGCCACCAGGAGACAGUUUGGACCCAAAAACACAGAGGAGAUUCCUGUGUUGGAGUACCAGUUACAGUGCUCAGCUGGCUCCAUGCUAAACAUCACGAUGGCGUGCGUAUUGAGUCUCCUCUCCACACUGUGGAUUUCCUGGAUGAUUCCCACACGAUCCUGGAAAGCAGGUUCACAGCAAGAACAAUGGAGGAGUGUAUGGACUCUGCAGUGCCACUGGCAGCCUAUAAGUGGCUGGUGUGUUUCCUGCUGGAAGAGAGCCAGAAGAAGCUGGAGCAGGAGAUGGCCUCGGGAAAGGAUGAUUUUGAGGCCCGUAACAACAGCCAGGUCUACUACUGUCGCUCCCUGGCCAUGGCCUACAUAGAACACAACUGCCUCCAGAGGUUUCAUGAGCUGAUUACUGAUACGGACACACCAGCUGGUCUCAGACCUGUACUAAGCAAGCUGUGUGCCCUGUAUGGGCUGUGGAGCCUCAGCAACCACAUGGCCACACUCUACCAGGGUAAUUACUUCAGUGGAAGGGAGCCCACAGAGUUUGUCCAGAUGGCCAUUCUCACUCUCUGCUCCCAGCUGAAGGAUGAUGCAGUAGCAUUGGUGGAUGUUUUGGCCCCUACUGAUUUCAUUCUCAACUCACCUAUUGGCAACGCUGAUGGACAGCUUUACAAGAACCUGUGGUCGACAGUGAUGCAGGGCAGCCAGGUGCUGGAACGGCCUUCCUGGUGGAAAGAGUUCUGCUCAGACAAGCCGGUGGUCGGAUCCCUCCGGCCAAAACUCUAGAACCCACUCAACAACCUCACUUUACCACAUUCUACGUGCAAUCAAAAAUUGAAGGUCCAUACACAUAACCUAUUGCCAAAAAAGGGUCCAGAAUCUUACAGACAGAGUACCUUAUCAAGUGUUUAUUAUGAAACGUUGGGUUCCAGAUG